GUUCGAAGAUCGCGCGGCCGAUCCAGAGUCGAGGCGAGAUGGUUCGGGCUUCGAACCCCCGGCUGAUGGCCCGGGUCCUGGAGGCCGUCAAGCACCUCGGCGAAGGGCGAGGAUCCUCGGCUAAACAAGUCCUCGAGGUGCUUCUCAGGCAGGCGAACGACGACCCGCCGACUAGAAACCUCGCGAUGCAGGUUCAUCGAGCCCUGAAAAAUGCGGUUACGGCGGGUCUCCUGCAGUUGCGUAGCGGGCGAUACAAGAUGCUGAUACCUUUGAAAACGGGCGUGAAGAACCGUUCCGGAAGCGGGAAAGCGGUCAAACCGAGAACCGGAAAUCCGGCAGCUGCAGGAAGGAAAAAUGAGGAUAUUGAAAAAGCGACAGAUUCACCGAGUCCGCAAGCUCACGACGCUCGUCCAAAGAAGAGAUGUUCGCACUGCAAAAAGCACAAGCGAAGAUCGAGCAAGCGUCACAGAAAGCGAAGCUCGCGGAGGCGAAGACGUCCUACGAGACAGGCGAGGGAACGAGAGUCUCGGAAACGUCGUCGUCAGGGUGACGAGGAGGUUUCGACGCGGCCGGACCGACACCGAAAAUCGGACUCUCCCGGUGCCCGAACGGUUCCUGGUAACGGGCACAAGUCCGAGAAGCUGGGCAAGAAGAGGAGGAAGUUGGACCAGGAGAACAACGGGCAGGAUUACGAAACCCACGAUUCCGUAAUCGGGAAUCGAUCACCCUCGUCUUCCGGGUCCGAGUGCGAGAAAGACGAGCCUCAAAAAACCACGAGGGAGAAACCGAGCUCAGCAGGCCGUAAAAGAGACUCCUCGUCUCAUCGAAGAGGCCCAAACGUGCGAAGAAGGAGUUCGAUGAGAGGAACACGCUCGCCUCGGCGAACCGGAGGAUCGCAUCAGGGGGGAUCUAAUCACCGCUGCACGAUGGAUGCGGAUGCAUGCGAAGACGGGGGGAUGGAUCGCUGCGACGACGAGACGCAGGGUGAGAAUGUUCACGAUAAUUCGGACGAAACGAUCGACGUUGAAAAAGACGCGGCAGCGGCAGCGGCAGCGGACCGAAACUUGCGGAACAGCGGCAGCGACGACAGUCUUUAG